AUGGUUAUCAUAAAACAAGUGACGUUUGAAACAAUAGACCAACAAGAACUUCUACAGUUGCUCGAACUUUUGAAACAGCUUUCAUCUUCUUUUACAAAAGAAGCUGUUGAACAAGCACUUUUGUCGCGUCAAAAUCAUAUUUUGGUUGCUAUAUCACAAGAACAGGUGGUUGGUACAACAACCAUGGCUUAUUUACAUUGCCUUACGGGUACUCGAGUUCAUAUAGAAGAUGUUGUAGUAGACAUGAAUCACAGGGGACAGGGGAUUGCACAGUUAUUGAUUGGUGAAGCCAUUCUUCGUGCGAAAAAAAUCAAGGCUAAAAGUAUAGACUUGACAAGUCGUCCUGAUAGAGAAGCAGCCAAUAGACUUUACCGAAAAUUAGGCUUUGUUCAACGGGAAACCAACGUUUACAGAUAUCAAUCCUAA